AUGCCCUCAUCGACCGCUGACCACGGGUUGACUCGCGCGGCCCCACCGCCAUUGCCGCGAGGCCCCGUGAAGCUGCAGUCUUUACAACUCCUCCCCUACAAGACCCUCAAAAACUCCCUACCAAAGGCUCAUAUGACUCUGGAUGGAGUGACCUAUGUGGGAGUAGUGAAAGAGAAAGAAGCUGCCCAGAAACAGUACCAACAAGCAGUUUCACGGGGACAGACUGCAGGGCUCGUAAAGGUAUCUGGAAGAAAAAUGGAAAAGUUUCAAGUUUCAGUUAAUAUUGGAUCAACCAAGAAAGUCACAUUUGAAUUAACCUACGAAGAAUUAUUAAAACGGAACCUGGGUAAAUAUGAAAUGAACAUCCGAGUGAACCCAAAGCAACUGGUAAAAAGUUUCCAGAUUGAUGUACACAUUUUUGAACCACAAGGCAUUUCCUUUCUGGAUGUUAAUUCCACUUUCCAAAUGAAUAAUCUGACUUCUCUUGUGAAAAAGACACUAAGUGGAACAAAGGCCCACAUAUCCUUCAAACCAACUCUGGAACAACAGCGCAAAUGCCCUGACUGUCAUGACACGGUUCUGAAUGGAGACUUCUUUGUAUAUUAUGAUGUCAAUAGAGAUUUGUCUGCUGGCAGUAUCCAGAUUGUAAAUGGAUAUUUUGUGCAUCAUUUUGCACCAGCUAACUUAACCAAGAUUCCCAAAAAUGUUGUGUUUGUGAUAGACCACAGCGGAUCCAUGUCAGGGAAUAAAAUGCAUCAGACAAAUGAAGCUCUUUUAAAAAUUUUGGCUGAUAUGCAUGAACAGGAUCAUUUUGCCAUCAUUAUCUUUGAUAAUCAGUAUUCAAUAUGGAAAGAUACUGUUUUUCAAGCAACUCCAGAGAAUGUGGCUGAAGCUAAAACAUUUGUAAGAACUAUACGAGCUGUAGGAGGAACAAAUAUUAAUGAUCCCAUGCUGGGAGCAGUGCAACUUCUGGACAAAGCUCAUAGAGACAAGCAACUGCCUGAAAGGAGUGUCUCCAUGAUUAUUCUGUUAACUGACGGUGAUCCAAACAGCGGAGAGUCAAACCCAUCAAAAAUUCAGGAAAAUGUUAAAAAUGCUGUACGGGAAAAGUACAAUGUGUACGCCCUUGGGUUCGGUUACGACGUGAAAUUCAGCUUUCUGGAGAAAAUGGCACUGGAGAAUAACGGUAUUGCACGGCGGAUUUAUGAGGAUUCGGAUGCCCCCUUACAGCUGCAGGGAUUUUAUGAUGAAGUGGCAAAUCCCUUGCUUUUGGAUAUUGAAAUUCUGUACCCUGAGAAUGCCGUUUCAGAUUUAACUCAAGCCAGUUUUAGACAAUAUUACGAUGGGUCAGAAAUCGUUGUGGCGGGCAGGAUUUCAGACAAUUCUCUGCAAAUAUUUACAGCAGAGGUCAAUGCUCAAACAGCCAAAAAAAAUCUGACUUUAUCAGCUGACGUGAAUAUACCAGAGGCUGAGAAUAUUAUUCAACAGCAACAAUACAUUUUUGGUGACUUUACUGAGCGACUGUGGGCUUAUUUGACCAUACAGCAACUCUUAGACCAGCGGGUUUCUGCAAGAGCAGAUGACAAGAAAAACCUCACAGAUGAAAUCCUGUCACUUUCGCUGAAAUACAACUUUGUUACAUCACUGACGUCAAUGGUUGUUACGAAACCUGAGGAUACCAAGGAUACAAUCUUUGUGGCUGACAAGCCAUCUGGUGAUGCGAGACCCGAGCGACCGAGAUAUUACGAUCCUCCCGCUUCUGUCCCAUCUUCAUCCUACACAUAUGUUGACAGUGAUCCCCAUUUCGUCAUUUCAACCAACAACCACAGAGAUGCUGUUUGUUUCAACAUUGAUGGGAAGCCUGGUUCAGUCCUAAACCUGAUCUCAGAUCCACACACCGGUAAGUCUGCACUCUGACUUUGAUACGGUACA